AUGUCGACCAAAGACGGCAAAAGCCGCAACGUCCUUAUCGUGGGAGGUGGAACUUUCGGCACAAGCACUGCAUACCAUCUAUCACAACGAGGGUACAGAAACGUGACUGUUCUUGAUCGCUCUGCUCCACCAUCGCAAGAAGCGGCAGGAAACGACAUCAACAAAAUUAUUCGAGCUGAUUACCCUGAUCGACUUUACGCUGAUCUGAUCUUGCAACCGAGAGGCCUUUUUGCAGGGCUAUACCAUAGAUCCGGCUGGCUUAUGGCUGCUGGUCAGAGAAGUCUACGUUUCAUUGAAGGUUCCAUAAAGACUGCUGCCGAACGCGGAUUUGAGCAAGCACAGCAUUUGACCAAUGACGAGGUUCGACGAAGAUUUCCGGCGUACGAUGGCGACAUGAAAGGCUGGCGAACGUAUUGGAAUUCCUCAGCAGGCUGGGCAAAUGCCCGCGAAGCCUUGUAUCGGAUGGCUCAGGCUGGCGUCCUCUAUGUCAGUGGUACUGCUGGUCAUGUGAAGCAGCUUCUUUUCGACGAACGAGGUCGAUGCAUUGGUGCGAAAAUUGCCGAUGGCACUGCAUAUUUUGCAGAUGAGAUCAUCCUCGCUGCUGGUGCUGCGGCCGCAAGUUUACUGGAUAUGAAAGCUCAAUUGGUCGCCAAAGGCCACACAGUGGGGCAUAUACAGCUUUGUGCCGAAGAAAUGGACACCUAUCGGUCAACGCCUGUGGUGGACCACCUUGAAGGAGGAAUUCUCUUUCCUCCGCAAGAAGACGGCCUCGUCAAGGUCGGGGCUGUUCACUUCGUUAUGAACUACUCCAAAGACCACCCAAGUGUAUCAUUGCCGCGCUAUCGAUCAGAUCAUCCAGAGGACACCAUCCCAAAGCCCAUCGAGGAUCAAUUGCGGAAGUGGCUCAAGGAGUUUUGCCCUGCUCUGGCGGACCGUUCUUGGGUUGAAACUCGGAUCUGUUGGGAUGCUGACAUGGCAGACUAUCACUUUCGGAUAGGAGCACAUCCCUCUCAUCCAGGCUUAAGACUAGCUGUUGGCGGGUCUGCUCAUGGUUUCAAGUUCAUGCCAGUCAUUGGGAAGUACGUGGUGGACAUGCUUGAGGGGAAGCUCGACGCAGAGACGGCGGAUAAAUGGCGAUGGAGGCCUGGUGUGAGACUGGAGGGUAUCGAUGCUCAUCCUAAUCCGUUAUUAGACCUGAAAGAUGUUCCUGGGUUCAACGACGGUGGUGCUCGAUCAAAGCAUGAACCGACUCCCUACCAAAGCCGGAGCCAAGCCGGGACAAGGAUAUAG